ACGCUACGCGCCAGCUCCACCCUCCCCUGCAUAAAAAAGUCUCCGGCGCUCGCAAUUUUUCUUCAUUAAUCAAUACAGUUGUUUCGUGUUUUCCCUCCCCUUCCACUCCGCCAUUCCCCUCUCUCUCUCUGCAGUUCGCAUUCUCAGUGGUCAUGGCGACUUUCGGAGCUGCUUCGACGGCGACUCACAAUCCUAACAAAUCCAUCGAGGUGAUUCAACCUCCCAGUGACUCUGUCUCAAGCCUCAGUUUCAGUCCAAAGGCCAACCUCCUUAUUGCUACUUCAUGGGAUAAUCAGGUAAGGUGCUGGGAACUAACCAGAAGUGGGACUACAGUAAACAGCGUGCCUAAGGCAUCUGUUUCUCACGACCAACCGGUGCUGUGCUCAGCUUGGAAGGACGACGGAACAACUGUCUUUUCUGGUGGCUGUGAUAAGCAAGUGAAGAUGUGGCCGUUGCUGUCCGGUGGUCAACCAACAACAGUAGCCAUGCAUGAUGCACCCAUUAAGGAGGUUGCCUGGAUCCCUGAGAUGAAUGUCUUAGUCACUGGAAGCUGGGACAAGACCUUGAAGUAUUGGGAUUUAAGGCAGUCUACUCCAGUACAUAGUCAAUCACUUCCAGACCGCUGCUACUCAUUCAGUGUCAGGCAUCCUUUGAUGGUUGUUGGAACUGCUGAUAGAAAUCUUAUUGUCUAUAAUUUGCAAAAUCCUCAGAGUGAGUUCAAGCGAAUUACUUCUCCCCUCAAAUAUCAGACAAGAUGUGUCGCAGCUUUUCCUGAUCAGCAAGGUUUUCUGGUUGGGUCAAUCGAAGGGCGAGUUGGUGUUCAUCACCUGGAUGAUUCCCUGCAAAGCAAAAAUUUCACAUUUAAGUGCCAUCGAGAGGGCAGUGAGAUAUACUCCGUCAAUGCUCUAAAUUUUCAUCCAGUGCAUCACACAUUUGCAACUGCAGGAUCUGAUGGAACUUUCAAUUUUUGGGACAAGGAUAGCAAACAGAGACUCAAGGCCAUGUUAAAAUGCGGCCAACCGAUAACUUGCAGUGCCUUCAACAAUGAUGGCUCUAUAUAUGCUUACUCUGGAUGUUAUGACUGGAGCAAAGGAGCAGAAAAUCAUAAUCCAGCUACAGCCAAGACCUAUAUCUUCCUGCACCUACCGGUGGAUAGUGACGUUAAAGGCAGGCCGAGGACUAGUACAAAUAACAGAAAGUGAGUGAAGAUUAUCAUCAGUAGAUUCAGGAAAGUCUCAAACACAAGCAGAAGAGAGGGCUGCCGGUGCAGAAGUUGCGGGACGAUCUCUUUUGUUCUCCAUUUUCCUCCCCAUGUUGUUUGAUAUUUUUAGUGGGCAUGAUAGCAUAGGCAGGUAUCAUUCAUAGGUCGGGAAGAAGAGAAACAAGAAAUAUAGUCUAGGAAUUGUCUGUCGCAUUCUUGAGAGAGUGGAGGAUUAGUCUUUGUUCGUCGACUUACUCAACAUAAGUUGGAAUUUCGUUCUGUAGGGGGUCUAAGUUGAAUAUUGUUUUCUAUGCUUUAAGAGCGUCGAAGUAUUUUUGACAUGACAUGAUGAUUCGGCAGAUGUUUCCGCAAUGUGGGAUCAUUCAAAAUAUUUAUUGUUGGCGCCUAGUAGUAACAAAUGGUAUUUCGAACCUGCA